AAUGAAAUGCUACCAAAAAAUAUGCAUUACAUGCAUACACAUACAUUUGAACAUAGAAAGCGAAAUUGGAUCAUCAAGAAUAUUUCUCGCCCAGGUGGUUUAAUAAUUGAUUAUGUCUACCAUCAUUUGGAGACAAACAAAAAGUUUCGAUCUUUGAUAGAGGUUUACAAAUUUCUUGUAUAUGGGGAAGUUCCUGAAAUAACGAAGAAAUUAAGAGAAAAUGAAGAACCAUUGCAGGUGACACCGAGACGUAAACCACAUGUGCGCGGUAAAAAAUUGAUAAAAAAAUAUGUAGUUGGAACAUGUAUCGAAUCUUGCAACGGAAUUUACAUUAAAAAUCGGGGAGAAGCUAACUACUUAUCCGAACGUGACAUCCCUUCAAACAUUGAAAAAAAGAGAAAAAGAGAAAACGAAGAUUUAUAUGGGCAUCAACAGGUGAACUUGGGAGAUGAUGCAACAUGUGUCAACUCAGAAGAUGCUGCAUUAAGUACUCCCGUACACACUUUUCUUUACCUUUGGGAUUUUGAGCUCAUACCCGAGGCACACAAUGAAAAUCUUUCCUAG